GAAACGCUGAGAGCUAACCGAGCUAGCGCUGGUCUCACACCGAGCCGGGACCAGGCACAAUGAAGACACGGCUUUAAGAGGAAUUCAGAACUCAUUCAUCCAUUCAGAGACAAACCGGACCGGGCUUCAGGCCAGAACCAGAACCACAGUUCAGUUUGGAGAACUAAACAGAAAGUCCAGCAGAGUCUUCAUUUAUUUAAACCAAAGGUCUUAUUGGGAUCUGAGUUUAAAACUGACUGAUAAACUUCUUGGUGAGUUGGGAUUAUUUUGCCGGAACCCGUCUUCGGUUUCAAGUUUUGACCCGUUGGUUCCGUCCAGAGGGACUGUGACCGGAGAGCUGAUAAGCUAAUCAAUACCUGGAACAAAUCUUACCUCACCACUCUGCUAUCAUGAGCGAGAGCAACAACACCGAUGGGGGAAUAGACUGGAGCAAACUGGAGCCCACUUAUUCCGUCAAGAUCUUCAUGACCGUCCUCUACACUCUCAUGCUGGUUGCAGGCAUUGUGGGUAAUUCAGUGACCAUCAAGGUGACGCAGGUGCUGAGGCGAAACGGCUACCUGCAGAAGAACGUGACGGACCACAUGGUGAGCCUGGCCAGCUCCGACCUGCUGGUGCUGCUCAUCGGCAUGCCGGUGGAGCUCUACAGCGCCAUCUGGUUCCCCUUCGGAUCCUCGUCCGGCAACACGUCCUGCAAGAUCUACAACUUCCUGUUUGAGGCGUGCAGCUACGCCACCAUCCUCAACGUGGCCACACUCAGCUUUGAGCGCUACGUCGCCAUCUGCCACCCGUUCCGCUACAAGGCACUGAGCGGCAAACGGACCUCGGUUCUGAUCACCUUCGCCUGGGUUGUGUCCGUUCUUAUUGCCUUGCCGUUGUUGAUCGCCACGGGAACGCAGGGACACAUACCGCAUCGACAGGAACUGAGUUUCUGCACCAAUCUGAAGGAGCACUGGGUGAUGUACAGAGCUAGCAUCUUCGGGGCGUUUGUCCUCUACAUGAUCGUGCUGAUCUCCGUCGCCUUCAUGUGCCGGGCGAUGAUCCUGGUGCUGAAGAAGCCGCUGGGAUCCAUAGACAACGGCAUCAACGGGACCGAAAGGCUCGGAAAGCACGAGAGCGAAACCACCAAGGCGGCUCGGAAGCAAACCAUCAUUUUUCUGGGUCUGAUCGUCGGCUCCCUGAUGCUCUGCUGGUUUCCCAACCAGCUGCGGCGCCUGAUGACGGCGGCCGUCCCGAAGUCUUCCUGGUCUCUGUCGUAUUUCUGGUUCUACGCGUGGCUCCACCUGGUGGCCGACGGCUGCUUCUACCUCAGCUCCGUGCUCAACCCGUUCCUCUACAACCUGUCGUCUCGUCACUUCCGCCAGGUGUUCCUGCAGGUGCUGCGCUGCCGCCUGACCGUCCAGCACGCUAACCGCCGCGCCACGCCGCCGCCCUGCGCCGCCUCCGCGCGCCCGCUGCUCCAGAAGUCGCUGCGUUUCGGCCGGAGGAGCGGCGGUGGCAGCGGCCAGCAGAGGGCGCCGCCCACCUUCACCACCUUCCAGAGCGACUCGGCGCCGUCCGGCUGCCAGCUGGCCGUCAGCCUGAGCGAGCAGACCGGACCGGAAACCGGAACCGAGACAGAAAUCUGAAACCUGAAGCCGCUUCGGGACCCGUGAAGCGUCGUCGUCACGGCGAUGAGACAGUUUCAUGUUUCGGCGAGUUUCUGAAAACUGCUAGAGCAAAAAGAAAUGAUAAUUUACAAAACUUCUGAACGUUUGGACAAAUUCAGUAGAAAAACCUCCAACACGGUGGUGGAGGCCUGAUGCUGGGGGCGUCCAGCCGGGUCCAAAUCUGCAGCAGAACGGCUGGAAGGGUCAGGCUUCAGGAACGGCCUAGUCAAAGGCAUGUUUGGCCCUGCAGAUAGACUGCUGCUGGGUCACUGGGUGUACUUACUUUUCCACAUGCAGCUCUUUGUUUUCUUGUUUUAAUAAAAAAUUAUGCUUUCUAGAAUCUGCAGCUCAAGUUUACAGGAACAAAUAUUUUCUAAGAAAAAAUCAAAUUUGAAAAACAAACUGAAUGUUUUUCAUUUAAUAAUAAAAUCUGAUUUGUUUGGAGAACUUUGACCCAGUUGAAGUUAAAUAAUCUUUUUAAGUUUAAUUUUAGUUUUAUCCAUCAGGUUUGAGAGUUAAGGAACGCCAGGAAGGAGGAAAACCACAGAAGAAGAAGACGGUUUGGCGUUUCCUCCAUCAACACCCGGAUCUGUCAUCCAGAAAAUCUCCACUAAACCGAUGGGAUUAUUUCCAGCAUGAAUAAUUUUCUUUGGGAUUUACAGGAGAUUUAUGCUGGUUUAACGGCUCAGAUGGAAAAUCCUGAUAAACGGUUUCACUCAGACAGGAAGUCAUUAAAUCAGACUUCCUGUGUUUAAUCAGCUGAUUUUCCUGAGUCUGGCGGUAAUCCCACAUCCUGAACUCGUUUUGCUUUUCAUCCAGUUUUAAUUUUCUUCCCGGCUGAAACAAACAGAACCGAUUCGGCUCUGAGACUCGCUGUGAUGAUGAUGAUGAGGUUCAUCUUCAUCGUGUUUUCUCUUCAUCGAUCCAAUGGCUGCUGGAUUAUUUACUCUGCGGGGCGUCACGUCGAUUUCCUUCCCCUCUUCUGUUUCCUGUCCAGAUCUCACAGACACUUUAAACUUAUUUUAUCUUAAGGAUAAAUAAAUAUCUAC